AUGUCUUACACAAUUUUCAGAACCAUUCAAGUUCACCCUUUUCUUCUCUAUCCAACCUCAAAACUCAAACAAAGAAAUGGGUUCUUUUAUUCCACGAUAACCAAAGCAACACAAACCAAAGUUCCAGCAAGUACUCAAUCAAAAAAACUUGAUACAAUUCUAAAAGACUAUGAAGCUGUCAUUGGUAUUGAAACUCAUGUUCAGCUUUCUACACUUACCAAAGCCUUUUGUAACUGUCCUUACAGUUAUGGAUCGUUUCCUAACAGCAGCAUUUGUCCAGUUUGUAUGGGUUUGCCGGGUGCUUUGCCUGUUUUGAACUCUAAGGUUAUUGAGUUUGCUGUGAAAUUGGGACUUGCUCUUAAUUGCAAUUUGGCUUUUAACUCUAAGUUUGAUAGGAAACAGUAUUUCUAUCCUGAUCUUCCAAAAGGGUAUCAGAUUUCUCAGUUUGAUGCUCCAAUUGCUGCUUCUGGUUUUCUUGAUGUUGAUAUUCCUUUGGAGUUUGGUGGGGGGCAUAAGAGGUUUGGCAUUACAAGGGUUCAUAUGGAAGAGGAUGCAGGGAAGCUUAUGCAUUCUGAAAAUGGAAAUUUCUCUCAGGUUGAUCUAAAUAGGGCUGGGGUGCCUUUGCUAGAGAUAGUUUCUGAGCCUGACAUGAGAAGUGGUAUUGAAGCAUCAGAGUAUGCAGCAGAAUUACAGAGGUUGGUUAGGUAUUUGGGAGUGAGCAAUGGCAAUAUGCAAGAAGGUUCUCUUCGUUGUGAUGUAAAUGUAUCAGUACGGCCCAUUGGCCAGUCAAAAUUUGGGACAAAGGUUGAAGUAAAAAAUUUGAACUCAUUUGCGUCAAUGAGCAGGGCUAUUGAUUUUGAAAUUUCAAGGCAGGUACUACUUCAUAGUCAAGGUCAAGAAGAUCAGAUAGUACAGGAAACUCGACUCUGGGAAGAAGGUUCUCAGAGAACAAUUACAAUGAGAAAAAAGGAAGGGCUUGCUGAUUAUCGAUAUUUUCCAGAACCAGACCUUCCAUCAGUAAUACUUUCCCAAGAAUACGUGGAUGGUAUUCAAAGUUGUUUACCGGAGCUUCCUGAAGAAAAACGUAGAAGAUAUGAAAAGAUGGGCUUAGGCAUGCAAGAUGUUCUUUACUUAGCUAAUGAUAAAAAUAUUGCAGAAUUUUUUGAUGCUACUCUUGCAAAGGGUGCUGAUGCAAAAUUGGUUGCCAACUGGAUAAUGAGUGACAUUGCUGCCUUCAUGAAAAAUGAAAAGCUGACCAUAAAUGACAUAAAGCUUACACCUGAAGAGUUGUCCGAGCUGAUAGGUUCCAUUAAAGGCGGAAUCAUCAGUGGCAAGAUUGGGAAGGAGAUACUAUUUGAGCUGUUAGCCAAGGGUGGAAGUGUCGCGGAAAUCAUAGAAAAAAAGGAUUUGGUUCAGAUAGCAGAUCCUGUUGAAAUUGAAAAAAUGGUGGACAAAGUGAUUGCAGAGAAUCCGAAACAAGUAGAGCAAUAUCGAGGAGGCAAAACUAAACUUCAAGGUUAUUUUGCGGGCCAGAUAAUGAAGGUAUCUAAAGGCAAGGCAAAUCCAGGUCUACUUAACAAGAUUCUCUUGGAGAAAUUAAAUUCAAAAAGCUGA